CGGCAGGGAGGGAGGCCCGGCGCAGCUGCGAAGGGGCCAAGGGAUGAGCUGGGGCCCUCCUUCCCAAUGGCAUCUCUCCCUGGUCUGGAACUGAAGACACUGAGCAAUGGUCCCCACACCCCAAGGAGACCAGCUCCUCUAGGCCUGGUGGCCCUAUCCAGGGAGGGUGUGGAAAAUGCCUGCUUCUCCUCAGAGGAGCAUGAGACCCAUUUCCAGAACCCUGGGGAUCUCAGACUGGGCAGCUCCCCCAGCCCUCCUGGGGGUGUCCCCUCGAGGCCCCGAUCCCAGCGGGAUGAUCUGUCCUUGCAUUCAGAAGAGGGGCCAGGCCUGGAGCCCGUGAGCCGCCCGGUGGACUUUGGCUUUGUUUCUGCUCUGGUUUUCCUGGUGAGCGGGAUCCUCCUGGUGGUGACAGCUUACGCCAUUCCCCGUGAGGCCCGCGUCAACCCGGACUCAGUGACAGCACGGGAGAUGGAACGACUAGAGAUGUACUAUGCCCGCCUGGGCUCCCACCUGGACAAGUGCAUCAUCGCAGGCCUGGGGCUGCUCACAGUGGGCGGCAUGCUCUUGUCGGUGCUGCUGAUGAUCUCCCUGUGCAAGGGUGAGCUCUACCGCCGGCCGACCUUCGUCACUGGCAGGGGCUCCAGGAAGACCUAUGGCUCCAUUAACCUGCGCAUGAGACAGCUCAAUGGGGACGGGGGCCAGGGCCUGGUGGAAAACGAAGUUGUCCAGAUCUCAGAGACCAGCCACACCCUCCAGAGGUCUUAAGUAAGCAGCCUGUUCUGGCUGCUUCAGCUCCAAGGCUACAAGCCCCCCAAGGCCUUGGGUUUUAGACUGAGCUCCACACAAGGCCCUGGGGAAGGAGUCCUGGGUGCUGGAAGGGGAGCCCAGGGCCUGGCUCAGGCUCCAUGGUAGAGGUUGGCCCCCUGAUCUGUUUUGUAGCUUGAGGUGUUGCGUUAGGUUUUGUUUGGAGGAUGGCUUCUGCUGCUAAAAAUACAGAAGUUUGGAAACUGCUGCC